AAAGCCGCCGCUUUCUUCCAACAUCCCCACCAAAACAACCUUCGACCAUGUGUAUUUGUGUCGCUCUGGCAAGAGCUUCCGUGCUUCAACCAUUCCGUCAGUCUGCUCGUUCUGCCGUCUCUUCUCGUCUAUUCCUGUUGAGCCCACGACCUCUCAGCACUCUUGCAAUUCUUGAACACAGAGAGGGAAGGAUAUCAGCUCAAUCAUUCCCGGUCGUCACUGCUGCCUCGAAAUUCGGUGGGCCUAUCACGGUUUUACUUGCAGGCUCAGGUUCGAAGGAGGUAUCAACGCAAGCUGCGAAACUCAAUGGCGUUGAGAAGGUGAUUUACGCUUCGAACAAUGCCUACGACAAGGUACCCCCCCACUCUUGAGCUCGGACACCGUCUAUCCUCUCUUCCAAGGUCAACACUCUCACUCACAUUACCCUUAGGGAUUGCCCGAGAACUUUGCACCUCUACUCGUCGAGAAUAUUAAGAAGGGAAAUUUCACACAUGUUGUCGGUGCUCACUCGGCAUUUGGCAAGAACAUUCUUCCACGAGCAUCUGCUCUGCUGGACGUUCAACAGAUCUCCGACUGUAUUGAGAUCAAGGACGAAAAUACCUUUGUCCGACCCAUUUAUGCCGGUAACGCCAUAGCGACGGUCAGGUCUACCGACACAAUCAAGAUUGUCACUAUCCGAGGAACUGCAUUCUCCCCAGCGGAAGAGACAUCAAGUUCAGCGACCGUCGAGGAGGCGCCUGUAGACCCUGAUGCAGAAUGCACGACAGCUUGGGUAUCUGAGAAUCUCACUAGAUCAGAGAGGCCAGACUUGGGAACCGCUCCAAAGGUUGUUUCAGGUGGGCGAGGACUUAAGGAUAAGGAGAACUUUGAUAGAUUAAUGCCCCCACUCGCAGAUGCCCUUGGCGCUGCCAUUGGUGCCUCAAGGGCUGCCGUGGAUGCCGGGUUCGCGGAUAACAGUUUACAAAUUGGCCAGACGGGGAAGGUCGUUGCUCCUCAGCUUUACCUAGCGGCUGGGAUCUCAGGAGCCAUCCAACAUCUGGCAGGAAUGAAGGAUUCCAAGGUUAUCGCUGCCAUUAACAAGGGUAUGCACGAACCAUACGAGAAAUACCAAGGAUAACCGCCAGUACUAAUACGGUAUGCGAUAGAUCCCGAUGCGCCAAUAUUUCAGGUUGCCGAUGUCGGGUUAGUGGCAGAUCUGUUCCAGGCUGUGAGUUAAUCUGCCUGUUUAAACUACACUUCCGAUUAUUGGCUAAUAAUCCACCUGACAGAUACCGGAGCUCACUGAAAAAUUGAAUACAGGGAACAAGUAACCACAUUUUUUCAAUUGGUCACAUUAGUAGUGCAUAGAUGGCUCUAAAAUAUCAUGUCGCCGACACCAGUAAAGUGCCAUAAUUUAUCCUCCAUGGCCGCCACUAACCAAGUCAAUUAUCGCACGAAUAUACAAAGCCGUGAAAGAUCCAAUUUUCUUUCCCACCCAAAACAUAAGCCUAUUUUACUUUUUGGGGCCCCCAGGGAUGAUAUGCGCAUUAUACCGUGCCUGUUUAAUUAUUAGAGUGGUGGAUGCCAGCAGAAUCUCACUAUCAGGAUUGUAAACAGGGUUCUCCAAACAUUUACCACUGAUCAUGGACAGCUUGCCGUCCUAUAGGAGCUAUAGAAGCUACCUGCAUAGUUCUGGUAAUACUGUAAUUGAUAUUAUUACUAUAGGCAACUUGCUUGUGCAAUGUAAAGCAUUCAUGUAUGGUGCCUGCCAUCCAAAACGUGCACCAAAGUUGAACUUCCCAAAUUAGAUAAGCUUCACAACUAGUAUGAUAGCAUUAUGGGAGAUUAAAGAGAAAGUGCAGGAGAAUAAGCAUGAGUUCUUUCUUUCCUAUAAUGCUACUAGUUGUGAAGCCU